AUGAUAAUUUUGAAUUCACCAUAAAAUCCUAUUGGAAAUUAAUUAAUAAAUAUAAUAUUUUUUAGAGUAUAUUCAUUGAAGAAUUAGAGAGAUUGGCAGAAACAUUAAAAAAAUAUCCUUAAGUUAUAGUAUAUGAAGAUGAUGCUGUAUAUCAUCAUGAUGUUUUUGGUGAUUAUUUGUAUUUUCAUAUCCCAGAUGUAUAACUCAUUGAAAAUAAAAAUCAAAGAAUGUAUGUGUAAAAAGUGUAGGUAAAAUGUUUUCAGCUACAAGAGUUAAGAGUUGGAUUUGCAAUAGAAAAUGAAAAAUAUAUAAAAAGAUCAAAUUUGCUUAAACUUAUCUUAAUAUUUCUUUGAAUCCUAUCUUUUUUACUGCCACAGCUAAUAAACUAUUGAUGUGAAGUAAUAAAUAGAAAUAAUAGAUUUAUUUGAAGAAUAAUCAACUAUGUUAUUGUAGGGUUUAGUUGAAAGUAAAUUAAAUUUACAUUUUUGGGUUCCUUAAUAAGGAUACUUUUUAGUUACAGAUAUUUAUGAUAUAGAAAUACCAAAGAAAUAUUUUAAAGAUGAUGAAGAUGGUCAUUAACUAACUAGAGAUUUUGCAUUUACAUAUAUUUAAUUAUUUAUUAUUAUUAUUAUUUUAAAAUUCUAUUGA